GAUUCUGUGUUGCUCUUUCCCUUGACCGCAAGCCAUUUGUUGCCCCAGAGUCGGACAUAACGUCAUCUGUAUCCAGAUAUCGCCGAGAUAUAAAAGUGAUGUACUCGAUGUUGCCACUUUCCAUUCGCUUUCAGAACACAAGCCCAUGCCACCAUUGCCGUCCUCAACCCUUCCCGUCUGCUCGCGAUGUAUGCGACCCAGAUUUGCAGAACGGGUCGCCCGAACCUCCCACAAUGUUCGCCGCUAUUCGACGCCACCCAAGGACGAACACCAAAACCAUGAGAAAGAGCAAGAGAAGAAGCAAGGUGCCAUGUCUCGCAGACUGGCUGCAUUGAGCGAGGAUGGUCUGGAAUAUGGAGGCCGAAGUGCUCGCAAGGCUGUGGAAGAAGCUGGCUUUGACGAGGGCCUCAAGCAACAACUACUUGAGCGUAUAGCCACUGCGUCCUUCCAGAACAACCAUGCUGGUGCGAUAUCCCAAGCAGAAAUGCCAGAUAGUGCAAGUCGCCAGAGCAGAGACAUAGCUGGAGCAGCGCCUUGGUCCGGCACCGAGAGCUUACAUGAUGCUUCGUCUCGCAUGCUCAACGACUCGUACAAGCCACUCAAGCCUGUUGGUAGGCCCUCUCGAGGACCUUCUAGCGGACCGCCCAGGAAGAUCGAUACUGGUCGGCCAGCCUCCGUUCCGUCAUCGGGUAUUAGAUUGGCGAAUGCACGCGACAAGACCUCAGUCUACGCACACAUGAAAGACUUGCCCGACGACGAGAGGGAGAAGUUCCGCAAGGAGCUGAAGGAACGCUUCACACCAGCAGCUCGCUCCGCACCUGUAACUUUGAAAGGUCUGGAGUCACUCGCGAACGAACGCAUUGAGGAUGCCAUUGCUAGAGGAAAGUUCAAGAACAUAACCAGAGGAAAGCCAAUUGAGAGAGACUACAACGCUAGUAGUCCUUUCAUCAACACCACUGAAUACAUGCUCAAUCGAAUGAUUCAGCGACAGGAUAUUGUGCCACCUUGGAUCGAAAAGCAACAGGACAUCAUUAGCACAUCCAACCGCUUUAGAGGUCGACUUCGCGCUGACUGGAAAAGACAUGUUGCGAGAUCCAUCGCUAGUAAAGGUGGUUCGUUGGAAAGCCAGUUGGCGCUUGCUGAAGAGUAUUCCCGCGCAGAAGCUAUUGAGAAUCCGCCAGUGAACAAAAAGACCGAGAAGAUCAAUACUGUCGACAAUGCUGGACAUCUCAAACAGAUUACGGUAGAUGGCGAGACCAAACCCUCGGAGACUGCGACCACAGGAGAAGCACAGCAAAUUACUAUCACAGAAAGUCCUGUAGAUAAAGCAGCUAACCCUCUGCCUAAAGAAGGAGAAGUUCAAAUCUCCAUCAACACAGCUUCAGAAGCGUCCGUCGAGGCUCCAUCAACUCCUCCUCCACGCGUCCGCCCCUUCAGAGACCCAGAAUGGCUCCGUGUAGAACUCGCCUACCACCGCGCCGCCAUCGAAAACCUGAACCAACUAACCCGCUCCUACAACCUCAUGUGUCCCGCCCUCGCCCAACGCCCUUACUUCUUCCUCGACCGCGAAUUAAAGUCUUGUUUCGCAGAAGUAGCUCCGCAAGUCGCUGAAGCAAUCAGAGAGCGUGCAAUAGCUCCAAAGCCUAGAUAUCAGGCUGCUUCCUCCAAUAGACCGGCGAGAAUAUUGGGGAACCUUGCUGGCCCGGAAAGCAAGGUCUACGAUGAGCAGAAGCCGCAGUUUGGUUUUAGGGAUCUUUGGAGGGAGUGGUUUAGGAAGGAUUGAUGGAUGGUGAAGGCUUUGAAAGAUGGAAUGUAAAUACAGAAGAUGGUUACUAGAAUAGAUAUAUGCUUGCAUUGCUACAUCACACUCGACGGAUCAAAACGAUGAGAAAACCCAAAACACUGAU